ACGAGUAAUUUCACUUGCUUUCUCACAAUCCCUAGGUAAGGUAAUAGUUAACAUAUAAUCAGCACUCCCAUGUGACACUUUUCAAUGGCUAUGCUAAGCACCUGAUAUAGGUGUUAUUAUCUCUUGUAAAUCUCACCAACACUAUUUUGCAAGGACUAAUAUCCCCAUUUAAUGGAAGAGGAAACUGAGGCUCAGUGCCUUGCCCAAGCUCCUGCCAACUAGUAAGUGGCAGAGCCAGGAUUCUAGCUCAGGCUCUAUGACCACAGAAUCCACAUUUUUCUUUUCUUUUUUUUUGAGCUCUGUCACCCAGGCUCCAGUGCUGUGGUGCGAUCUGGCUCAUUGCAACCUCUGCCUCUCGGGUUCAAGUGAUUCUCCUGCCUCAGCCUCCCGAGUAGCUGGGAUUACAGGCACACCCCACCACGCCCGGUUAAUUUUUGUACUUUUAGUAGGGACGGGGUUUCACCAUGUUGGCCAAGCUGGUCUCGAACUCCUGACCUCAAGUGAUUGGCCCGCCUUGGUCUCCCAAAGUGCUGGGAUUACUUACAGGCGUGAGCCACCGCGACCGGACCUGAGUCCACAUUUUUGACGUCAAUACCACACUCAGUUCCACAGAUGGGGAAACUGAGGCCUGGGGCAGGGCACUACAUUGUGCCAGCGGAAUCGUGGCCAUUGAGGGAAGCACAGGCUGCACGCCGAUUCUUCCUCCUUGGUCAGGGAAGUUACUGAGGUGCAGGAGGCGGAGGGCGACAAGUGGAAGCCCUUUCCCAUUACUAAGGAUCGAGAGCGGGCGUAUUUUGGGAUCUAACCCACGAGGCGGAAACACCGAGACAAUGGAGCGAACGGAGAACCGGAAGUGCGUCAUUCAACGGACGGGCGAAUAGGCUGCAGGCCACCAAUGGGAACGCCGCGUUCGCAUUCGCCCAGCCCCAAAGGAAGAAGAGUCCGCCUUGCGACCGUAUCCGCUAGCGCGGCCCGGGAUGCGCUUGGGCUCCCUGUUCGUUCCCACAUGCAGGGUAGCACAAGGAGAAUGGGCGUCAUGACUGAUGUCCACCGGCGCUUCCUCCAGUUGCUGAUGACCCAUGGCGUGCUAGAGGAAUGGGACGUGAAGCGCUUGCAGAGGCACUGCUACAAGGUCCAUGACCGCAAUGCCACUGUAGAUAAGUUGGAGGACUUCAUCAACAACAUUAACAGUGUCUUGGAGUCCUUGUAUAUUGAGAUAAAGAGAGGAGUCACGGAAGAUGAUGGGAGACCCAUUUAUGCCUUGGUGAAUCUUGCUACAACUUCAAUUUCCAAAAUGGCUACAGAUUUUGCAGAGAAUGAACUGGAUUUGUUUAGAAAGGCUCUGGAACUGAUUAUUGACUCAGAAACUGGCUUUGCGUCUUCCACAAACAUUUUGAACCUGGUUGAUCAACUUAAAGGCAAGAAGAUGAGGAAGAAGGAAGCGGAGCAGGUGCUGCAGAAGUUUGUCCAAAACAAGUGGCUGAUUGAGAAGGAAGGGGAGUUCACCCUGCACGGCCGGGCCAUCCUGGAGAUGGAGCAAUACAUCCGGGAGACGUACCCCGACGCGGUGAAGAUCUGCAAUAUCUGUCACAGCCUCCUCAUCCAGGGUCAAAGCUGCGAAACCUGUGGGAUCAGGAUGCACUUACCCUGCGUGGCCAAGUACUUCCAGUCAAAUGCUGAACCGCACUGCCCCCAUUGCAACGACUACUGGCCCCAUGAGAUCCCAGAAGUCUUCGACCCUGAGAAGGAGAGGGAGUCUGGUAUCUCGAAAUCGAACAAAAAGUCCCUGCGGUCCAGGCAGCAUUAGCCAUCGUGCCCUGCUGAGGGGCUGGCUGCCUUGAGUGGCCUGAUCGUCGCAGCCCUUCUUGAAGAGAGGCGUCCAUGUUUCAGGUUCCACAAGAGUCACCUCUUUCGUCUUAAUGUCCACUGUCCACAGCUUUGGAAUAAACCGUCCUGGGAAGUU